UCCAGAUUUUUCAUAUUGGCCAGAGAACGGAAACUGUCAACAUUUUAAGAUAGUGAUUGGGGUCAUAAAGAGAAUUGAUGGAAGAGGUUGGUGCAAAGGAAAUAGCUAUCUUAGGAUCUCCGAAUCCAGCCGCCCGGCCGGUAUCAGGGAACGAUGCCUCUGGAGGUGGUGGUGGGGCUGCAGAUCCGGGCGGUUUCUUGCCCAGGGGUGUUCCUGCCCAGCAAGCAAGAUGUGUACCUCGGAGUCUACUUCCUGAAUCAGUACCAGGAGACAGACUGCUUCCCCCCUGUGUUCCCUAUUAUGAUCCAUCGGAACAUGAGAUUUGAAAAGGUAUUCGAAAAUGCAAUAGAUCCUGGAGCUGUAGCAGACAUUUUAGAAGGCUUCUUAACCAGGUUUGAGUUAAUACAACUAGUACCUCCAGUGUGGGAAAAGUUGGCCUACUACGAAGAAAACACAAGAGAUUUUCUUUUCCCGGAGCCCAAGCUGAGACCCUCACACCAUGGUACAUGUCGGGAGGUGCUCAUGAGGACAGCUGUAGGCUUUCCAGGUAUUUCUCCCAAAUUAGAGUUUUCUACAAGGACAGCCAUCAGAGAACGUGCGUGCCUGCAUAGAAACAGAUUUCUUGAAGACAGACUUUAUUGGCAAAGGCGUUUAUCUACAUCACCUGGACCAAUGUUCCCCCGAAACAGCAUAAAGAUGAAGCCCAAGGAAAAUAAUCCCGACAGGACGCCCCGAGGCCCCCAGUCCCGGGCGCCCCCCCCAUAUCCCACCAGGCGUCUCUCCCAGGACCAGCCAACUCACUUGAACUUCGGAAAUAGUUUCAAAAUCUCCAGAGAAAUCAAACCUCCGUUUGUAGUUAGACACGUGGACAGUGCAAAGCCCUUUGGUGAGACUAUUUCAGAGCAUCAUUCCCGAAAGUCUAGAAGAAAGUGCAAGUUGUCAAACUUUCCAUUUCCAGUGAGAAGAGCUUCUUCUCUUGACAGCCUUGCAGCUAACGUCAAGGUUAUCAAAGAGCCAGAUGAGCGGAUUGUUUUCAGGAACGACUCGCCAUCACCUUUAGAUUCAAGUAAGUUUGAAAAGCCCUUGCCCAGUGACAGUAACCAAGGGGAUGCCGAUUUCCACCGGAAAACUUCAUUUGCCACCUCCCAGUAUUCCAGGUCACCCAGCCCGCUUCUGGAUCAGCCCCUUCUCCGAGAAAGGUUCCACCCUAGUUUUCAGUCCAUGUGGAAGAAGAUCCAUGAGAGAGUAUGCAGUCUUCUGACAUCCCACAGAGCUCAACAGCCAAACCAAACCAAGGAAGCUCUUACCUCUGAAGUAAAUUCUAACCUUGAAAGGCAAGGCUACCCUCUGAAGAAAUACCCACUGCGUGAGCAGAGAUAUUUUUAACUGCUGUCUUAGGUAAGUAAGCAGCUUAAGUGUUUCUUCUUAUCUUGAUUGGCUAAAAUAAUUUCAUUUCCUUCUGUCAAUGUGCCAUAACUAGAAAGU